CGUUGCAUCGUUACUCACUUGACAGCCAGGUCGGCACCGUUGACAGUUUGAUUGACGUGCGAAUCACCCAAUCAAACAGCGCACAUCGUCGUCGUCAGAUAGAACAACCAAUCAGAGAGCGGAAAUAAGUCACGACGCGUAAACUAUCCCGCCUCAUUUUCAACGUGUCAACAGUGCCGUAAAACGACCCGUGACUGUCGCAAAUCACACAACGCAUCUAGUGUGAGGCGAAUAGUGAAACUUCUCUGCUUCCUGUUAGCUAGCGGGCAUAUAACUGAAUAUAAAACGAUUAACAUGUCGUCGUUAUGUCUGGAGGAGACCUUAAUAUGAAUGGACAGCUGCCGGACUUCAACAGGACCGUUCUGGUGACCGGAGGCUCUGGAUUCAUUGGCUCCCAUCUCGUGUGUUUGCUGGUCGACAGGCACCCCGACUGGAGAACCAUCAACCUGGAUGAUUUGGACUACUGCUGCAGCCGCAGGAGUCUGGAGAGUGUUGAAGACAGAGCCAACUACACUUUUAUCAGGGGAGACGUGUGUAACUCCCAGCUGGUGAAUCACAUUUUCGACACAGAAAACAUCGAUGUGAUCUUUCACCUGGCGGCCAAAACGCACGUCGAGUCGUCGUUUGAGACUCCGGCUGCUUUCCAGCGUGUGAACGUCGAUGGGACCAGAGUUUUACUGGGAGCCGCCCAUCAGGCCCGACACCGGCCGCAGCGCUUCGUCUACGUCAGCACCGACGAGGUGUACGGGGCCGGUCUGGACCGGGUGUUUGAUGAGAGCAGUCCAGUGAGGCCCUCCAACCCAUAUUCGGCCACGAAAGCAGCUGCAGAGUACCUGGUCCGAUCCUACUGGGACAAAUAUAAGUUUCCCAUCAUCAUCACCAGGAGUAACAACAUCUACGGGCCCAGACAGUUCACUGAGAAGGUCAUUCCGAGGUUUCUCACCCUCUUGCAAAUGAACAGGAAAUGCACCAUCCAGGGAACCCUCCCUCAAUCGCGCCAUUUCCUGUUCGUCGAUGACGCCAUCGACGCCUUCCUGCUGGUCCUAGAGAAAGGCAUUCUGGGAGAAAUCUACAAUGUGGGAACAAGCUGUGAGAUUCCCAUCUUGCAGCUGGCCAGGGAACUCGUUAAGACGGUCAAGAAUGUUCCAGACUCGGAGGUCAACGAUUGGCUGGAAUUUGUGCCGGACAGGCCGCACGUCGACCUGCGCUACCCCAUCAGCUGUGAGAAGCUGCAGCAGCUGGGCUGGAGAGCGGAGGUGUCCUGGGCUGAAGGCAUCAGACGGACCGUCAAAUGGUACCGAGACAACGCAGACUUCUGGUUGGACGCAUAAAAAAAAGGACCACGAGCAAAUCAGAAGCGGGCUUGAAAAAGACAAACAACAACAAAAGUUAUUUCCUGCAACCAAAGUUGUUGAAUCUCAAACAAAGAAAAACCGAGGAGUUCUCAACUGGAGCUCACCGAUUGGUGGACAGACAGGAAGGCGGAGCCUCCCUUCAACCAAAGCAAAGUUUCACCUAUAUAUAUAUAAUAUAAUAUUCAGCGGAUGUUGACAGGCGUAUCUCAUGUCCUUGGUUGCCUUUCCUUCACACUUCAAAAUUGAGCGCGUAGCACCGAGCAAAUAUUCUGGAGGUCGGCUCAAAACAUUCAGGAGGCGUGUAGAACAUUUACAUUUUACAUUUACAUGAAACAAGGUUACUCAGACAUGAGAAAGACGGUAAACGGGCGACUUCAACACCGGCGGUCCAGCUCCACGUCUCAGAUGAACGUUUUACUUUUGAUUUUGUUAAAAAAAACGAUUGUUUUAUACACAUUCUACAGAAGAUGUUUUUCAUAGAAUUCUGUAUUUAACUGGAAUAAACUUGAUUAUUUAAUAACUAAAAACACGGUUGCUUUUCUUAAAACAUGUAAAAUCCUACACUUUAAAAAGACGGGUCAACACACCGUUUACAUUUGCAAAUCCAAACCUUUAUUUGUGGUAAAAUCAGAAUAGAUGCACAGUUUUUUAUUUAUUUUUUCUCCGUGCAGUGCUCCUCUUCGUGCACAUCUGCUAAACUAAUACAUAAAGCAAAUACUAACUACCAGGCUGGAGGUGCUGUGUGUUCACAUUGAGGGGUCUGGCCAGUCAGCAACGGCAACAACACUGGGCUUUAUCUCAUUUCAAUUCAGUCUCUAAACAGCAAUCAUUCCUAAAUACAACUACAACCCUCUAAAGUUUAUUGAAUUGAAAGUAAACAUAAAGCUGCAAAGUAUUGCAUUUGUUUGCAGUCCCCACUUUGUUUUUCCCAGAAUGACAGUUUUGACGUGCAUAC